AUGCUUAGCAUUGAAGAUGAAGCAAUCCUUACAGAAUUCGAGAAGGAGGAGCAAGAAAAUCCUAGUUGGCGAAAGGUUGUGGAUAAUCACACGAUAUACACCUCUCGGAAGUUUUCACUGCCGCGCAAUGACUUGUGGGGUCAGCCAGUCCUGUGUGAUCUGGGGGAGGCUAGGAUCGGAAGUUUUCAUGAAGGCGAUAUUCAGCCCGAUAUCUAUAAAGCCCCCGAGGUGCUCUUUGACAUGCCAUGGAGCUUUAGCGCUGAUAUAUGGAAUGUCGGCGCAAUGAUUUGGGAUAUUUUUGAAAACAAACAUCUGUUUAAUGCACUUGACGAAGACCAACAAUAUUCUCCAUCCCACCAUGUUGCCGAAAUGGUGGCCUACCUUGGUCUGCCGCCACUUCACUUUCUCCAGCGAAGUUCAGAAACACGCAAUGUAUUUGAUCAGAAUGGGAAAUGGUUGGGUGCAGGUGGUGUCUCCAUACCGUCAAUCUCGAUGGAGGAAUCAGAAGAGAAUCUCAGUGGUCAAGAUAAACAGCAGUUUCUCCAAUUCAUCCGCUCAAUGCUUCAGUGGGUCCCUGAGGAGAGAAAGACGGCGAAAGAACUACUGGAUGAUCCGUGGCUGAAUUCGACUUGA